CAUCGUGUGCGUGUGUGUUUGUAUGUGUGUCAAACAAUGUGCGUGCCAGCGCUAUUUUUUGUUGCCUUUGCCAGCCACCUCCGCUUCCUUGUUUAGCAUUGUUGCAUAGAAUCGCAAGACGGCGAUUGCGACUAAAAUAUAAAUGUAAUUAAUGUUAAAUAUAUACAUAUAUAUACACACACAACAAUAGGCAGGCAAUAGGCAGCAGCGACCGCAAUAAACAUAACAAAAGUGUGCCCAGCUGUGGCCAAUUGAAGUAGCCGCAGUAAAGUGAAGCGAAAAGGAACCAGAAAAUAUCAACAAUCGAAUGCAGCCGCAAGCAAAAUUACAUAUCUGUAUGUGUGUGUAUGUGUAUGUGUGUGCAUAUAUAAAUAGUAACUAGUGCAUUGGCAAAUUGAAAUGUAAACGCACACACGCACAAGCCUGCGUACACGCGUGUCUGUCUGUCUGUCUGUCUGUCUGUGUGUGUGUGUGUGUAUAUGAGCGUUGUUCAGCGAUUACAUAAAGAAAAUACCAACUGCAGCAACAGCAACAACAACUACAAUAAAAUGCAAUAAAAAGCAAUUAAACAUAUUUAAAGUUAACCCAAAUACAAAGCACAAAAUGUCGGGCCAACAACAAUAAUCAACGCAACAAACGCAACAAAAGGGAUUUUCGAAGAAGGGCUGGAGGAUGCCCAUCAUUGGAAACUGUCAUACUCAUCAGAUUUGCAUAGCCUUAACGGCUUUGGAACCGGCCGAAAGGCAGCUGCCAGCCAACAAAUGCUAAAGAAAUGCGAAAUGUUAACAAAGGCGACAAACUUAACGCUAAAUGCGACGAUUCCAAUGUGUGAGCAGCACGGACUCUAGCAAAACUCGCAUAAAGCGUCAGUGAGAAAGAGAGACAGAGAGUGGGGGUGAGAGAGAUAGAGAGAGAGAGGGGGGGAAAAUUGUAAGCAAGACAUGCAACAACAAUAGCAACCCGGGCACCCAGGCACAAGGACAUUAACGAGGACAAUCAGUCAAGAUGAGUGAUGAUCAGACGCUCGCUGCGCAGAAUGAAGAUAAAGUUGCCAAACAGCAGGUCGUCGCGUACACGCAAAAGUCGCAGGUCAAGCACGAGACUCGCCACAUUCAGCUGGUGCGCGAAUAUGGCUUCCAUCCGCGCACCAAAGCCUCCGUGGAGGACGGCGACGUGUUGCCCCGAAAGUUUGAGCCCUUUCCGGAGGACAUGUACGGCAAGCCGCUUGAGGAGAUUGACACCUUUAUAUACGAGGAGACAUUUUGCGUAGUAUCAAAGCGAUUCCGAAAGAAUUACAUACACCGGUUUACGGGCACCAAAAGCCUAUUUCUCUUCCAUCCAUGGAGUCAAUGGCGACGCGUAUGUGUCUACAUUGCCACAAAUCAAUUUUUCGACUACUGCGUGAUGGCAACCAUUCUCUUCAACUGCAUUUUCCUAGCCAUGACGGAGACCGUGGAGGAAGCUGAAUAUAUCUUCCUAGCCAUUUACUCAAUUGAAAUGGUAAUCAAAAUCAUUGCCAAAGGCUUUUUGCUCAACAAGUACACGUAUUUGCGUAAUCCAUGGAAUUGGCUGGACUUUGUGGUUAUCACCAGUGGAUAUGCGACCAUUGGCAUGGAGGUGGGCAAUCUGGCUGGUUUGCGGACAUUUCGUGUGCUGCGCGCCCUAAAGACGGUGUCCAUCAUGCCCGGCCUGAAGACAAUUAUUAACGCACUCUUGCAUUCGUUUCGCCAAUUGGCGGAGGUCAUGACAUUGACCAUCUUCUGCCUGAUGGUGUUUGCCCUCUUCGCGCUGCAGGUCUACAUGGGGGAAUUGCGCAACAAAUGCGUACGCAAUGUGCCCACAGAUUGGACCAACAUAUCGCAUCUGGAUUGGAAAAUUUGGGUCAACGAUACGGACAACUGGCUGUACGAUGAUGAGGAGCUGCCCACGAUCUGCGGCAAUCUGACGGGCGCCCGCCAUUGCCCGCUCGGCUUCAUGUGCAUCUGCGUCGGCGACAAUCCCAAUCACGGCUACACGAACUUCGACAACUUCAUGUGGUCCAUGCUGACAACGUUCCAAUUGAUCACACUGGACUACUGGGAGAACGUUUACAAUAUGGUGCUGGCGGCUUGCGGUCCAAUGAGCGUCAUAUUUUUUACUGUGGUUGUGUUUUUCGGCUCAUUCUACUUAAUUAAUCUGAUGUUGGCUGUCGUCGCAUUGAGCUACGAGGAGGAGGCGGAGAUAACAAAUGAGGAGCGCAAAAAAGAUCUGUUGGAUCAUCGUGACGAUUCCACGUUUAGCUUUGAUCCAUCUGUGCUGAACGUGAAGAAGCUCAGCAAGAACAACAAAAAGAAGAUCGACUCACGCAAAGGCGUGCUCCUGGCCUCCUACAGCAAGAAGAAGACGCGCCGAAAAAAGACCAAAGGCGGCAAAGAUAAUACCAGCAACAAUGGCAGCAAUGGCGUCGAGCAGGAACACAUUAAAUCUCUCUCGGCAACGCCCAGCCCUGGACCCAGUCCGCGCAACAGCACCACAGAGCGUCCCUCGGCGCUGGCCCUGCAGGCGCAGCAGCAAAUGGAGCAGCAACAACAACAACAGCAGCAGCAACAGCAGCUUGUCCAAACGGAAACGGCGGCCACCUCGCAGUCGAAGACACGCAUCAGCUUUAGGGAGGGCAGCAUAAAGAAUCCCAACAUGCUGUACCCCUCGGACUACAAGGGUCAGCUGAUGACGAGCAGUCGCCAGACCAGCUCGAAUUCAAGUGGCGGCGUCAAUCGCGAGUCCUCUCAGGAUGAUUCCGGCGUUGUCGAUGAUCACGAGGAGCAGGACACGGCCAACGAAAUGGGACAUGUCUCCACCGUGGAGCUGGCGCUGUCGCCGCGCGAGGUGCGCCUAAUCAAAUGCAACGGCAAUAUUGCGCGCAUCAAAAAUCACAAUGUCUAUGCUCUGCAUCAAGAGUAUUCCUCAGAGGUGGUCGUGAUUGAUGACCUGCCCGAUCGGAAUUGUGAUCGCUGCGUGCACUGCUGCGCGGAUUACGAGAGCUGGCUGCAGUUUCAGAACUGUCUCUACAAGGUGGUGCGAGAUCCGCUCUUCGAACUGGCCAUUACGCUGUGCAUUGUCUUGAACACCGCUUUUCUGGCCAUGGAGCAUCAUGGCAUGAGCGAGAGCUUUCGCAAUGCCCUCGAUGUGGGCAAUAAGGUCUUUACGUCCAUUUUCACAUUCGAGUGCAUUGUCAAGCUGAUGGCCCUCUCCAAGGAGUUCUUCCUGUGCGGCUGGAACAUAUUCGAUCUGAUCAUUGUCACAGCCAGCCUGCUGGAUAUCAUCUUCGAGCUGGUCGAUGGCCUCAGCGUGUUGCGCGGCCUGCGCUUGUUGCGCGUGCUGAAGCUGGCACAGUCUUGGACAACGAUGAAGGUGCUGUUGAGCAUCAUUAUAUCGACGAUUGGUGCGCUCGGCAACCUCACGUUGAUCCUUGUUAUAGUCAUCUAUAUAUUUGCCGUGAUCGGCAUGCAAUUGUUUUCCAAAGACUACACAGCCGAAAAGUUUGCGCCAGAUCCCGUGCCCAGAUGGAAUUUCAAUGAUUUCUUUCACUCGUUCAUGAUGAUUUUUCGCAUAUUGUGUGGCGAAUGGAUUGAACCGCUCUGGGAUUGUAUGCGCGCCGAAGAGGAGCAAGGCGCCUCGACCUGCUUCGCCAUAUUUUUGCCCACUCUGGUGAUGGGAAACUUCAUGGUCCUAAACUUGUUCUUGGCCCUGUUGCUCAACAGCUUCAAUUCCGAGGAGCUAAAAUCCAAGAAAGAGGAGGUGGGCGAGGAGUCAAAAUUGGCCCGCAGCAUUGAGCGUGUGCGCGAUCUGAUACGCAAGAAGCGACAGGAGCGCAAGGAUCGCAAGGAGCGCAAGUACGCGGAAAAGUUUCAACAGAUUGUGCUCGAGGCGCAGCAGGCGCAUGUCGCAGCCAGAGAAAUGGACAAGUCCGGCCUGCUGGCGGAAACAAAGUUCCAUAGAUUAAGCUACCAGGAAUCUAUGAAUCGACCAGUUUCUGGCUCGGAUUUUGGCUUCCAAAUUCCGCUCAGCGAUGGCCUGCACACCAUAGUCGAUGGCCUCGAGUACGAUGAGACGGCAGAGGCAGCAGACCAGCAGCAGCAGCAGCAACAGUUGCAGCAGCCGGCUGCUGAUUAUCUGCCACCGACUUACGAGUGCGCCAUGCUGUCCGCCACGAGCAAUGGCAACAGCAAUGGGGGCGACAACAAUCUCACGUCGAUGGCGGGCAGAUUGCAGCAUCAGAUCUCCUCGGGCGUGGGCACACAGCAGAACGAUUCGCGUGACGAGGCCACCUACACAGAGUCCAUAGAGCUGCGCCUGCUGGGCCAGUACAAUUCGACGGACACAGAUCCCUAUGCCUAUGCGGCGGAUCAGCGCAGCGGCUCGUUUGCGCGCGGCGAUUCGCUGCAGGACACCGACGAGGCCUAUCUCAAGUAUCAAAAGUCGCUGUUAACACGUUCGCCCAGCUACCGCAAGUCGCUGGAUCGCCUGUCGCAGUCCAGCGGGCAAUCGCAGCGUUCGCUGCUGCCCUCGCGCAGCCUCAAGUCGGAGGAGAGCGCCAUGCGGCGGCACUCGAGCGGGCACUCGCUAAACUCCAUAUCCCUGGAGCAGGAUGAGCUGCUGUCGCAGCAGGCGAAUCUGCGCGAGGAGCUGCUCAAUUGCGAUCAGAAGGAGCUGUUUCAGUUUUUGCAGGAGGACGACGAGCUGCUGGCCAAAAAGAAGACAACCACCAGCAGCAUCAAGUCGAAUCUCAGCUACAUAUCCAAUUCCAUAAUGCAAACGCUGGACUCCAGGCACUCCAGCACUGGCAAUGGGCAGCAGGAGAGCGAACCGCUGAUGGAGCACUCCGAAUUCGACAAUAUCAUACAGAGUUUCGAGAAGGAGCUGGAGGAGAUCAAGCGUUCGACCAGCUCGCUGGAGCGCAAAAUCUCCACGCUCGCUGAGCCCUCGCCAGCUGCCGAUGAGGCGACCAAGGCCAUAAUGGAUCAUAUUGCUGUGAUAACCGGCGCCUCGGAGCGCACCGCUGCCGAUGAGGUGGUGCAUCCGCUGAAUCCUUACGAUAGCUACGAUCUGUCCAGUGUGCCGCGACGCUCGCAGUCCGUCAGCGCCGCCGCCCAGCGUCAGUCCGUCAAGCUGAAGCGUCGCAGCCUAGAAAAGCAGCGCAAAAUCGACGAGGACUUUAGCAUAUCGAACGAAAUACGCAAAAUCUGUGAUCAAAUACACGCACCCUUCGCGGCCAUGGAGGCGCUGGCCGUCGCAGCCACCAGUGGCAGCAGCAGCACCGGCGGCGGGCAGUCGCCCUUCAUGCGCCGCAAGAAUGAUCCGUUUAGCGUGCAGUUCGAUCGCUUUAAGCGCCUGUCGCUGAUCGAACGCGUCGAGGAGCUGCCCGAGGAGGAUAAGCCCAUAUCGACGCUGCGCAUCGAGUCGGAGAAGAUGCCGCGCAAGUUUCACAACAGCGAACAGCUGCGCCUCGACAGCCUCUCGCUGAAGAGCACCAAUUCGUAUGAGAAUUUGCUCAUACAGAAACAGCAAAUGUGCCGCGAGGCCAACAAUCCGAAUGGAGGUGUGCCGGCAACGCCGCCAACAUCCCUGAAAUCGAGCAUAGAGCCACCGACACUGGCGCAAAUUUCAUCGCUAAAGGCAACACCGCCGCUGGCUGCCCUCACUGAGCACCAGCAGCACUAUCAUGCCACAAGCAUACAAACCACAAUUGCAACAACAGCAGCCGCAACAAAAACAAUGCACCCAACGGCUGUGGGCGCGGGCGCAUCCAAGCGCCGCGCCGAGCAUCCACAAUCGAGACUAGACAAAGCCGCUUCCUUUCAAUCGGGCCGCACCGAAUCGCGCAGCUCGGGCGCCGCCGAUAACAGUAGCUCGGCACACGCCGGUCCACGCUCCAUGUCCAAUGGCCAGCAACCAGAGCGGGCUAGCGAGAAGACUGAGCCGAUGGCGGCGACAACAAAGCCGUCGGCGUUUUCACGACUGACCGAAAAACCAUGGCAUUGUCUGGUUUCCUACGUAGACGAUCUCACUGUCGGUGGGAGACGUAACUCGCAGGGCGCCUACAAUGACCCCAUGACUUUUCCGAGCUAUGGCCAGACAAAGCCGCCAAAAGUGCCAGAUGAUUGCUUCCCACAAAAGUGCUACGAUCACUUUUACUUCCGCUGUCCCUGGUUCAUGUCCUGCAUGGACACACCGAGCGCCAAGCAUUGGACACGCGUGCGAACGGCUGUCUUGACGGUUGUCGAUACUCCAGCCUUUGAGUGGUUUGUGCUAGUGUUGAUCUUUGCGUCGAGUAUUACGCUCUGCUUCGAGGACAUCUAUUUGGAUAGCAAUAAGACGCUGAAGCGUGUGCUCUACUGGACGAAUUUCUCCUUUAGCCUGAUCUUUGUACUGGAAAUGGUGCUCAAGUGGCUGGCGCUGGGCUUCUCCAAAUAUUUUACCAGCUUUUGGACCAUACUCGAUUUUAUCAUAGUGUUUGUCUCCGUUUUCUCGCUCCUCAUUGAAGAGAAUGAGAACCUUAAGGUCCUGCGCUCACUGCGCACCCUGCGCGCCCUGCGUCCACUGAGAGCGAUCUCUAGGUGGCAAGGAAUGCGGAUUGUAGUAAAUGCUCUCAUGUAUGCAAUACCAUCAAUUUUCAAUGUACUUUUGGUUUGUUUAGUUUUUUGGUUAAUUUUCUCAAUAAUGGGUGUACAAUUCUUUGGUGGUAAAUUUUUCAAAUGCGUCAAUGAAUUGGGCGAAUUGCUGCCAAUUACUGUAAGUAUGCCGAACAGACCGCCCCAAGCAGGCGAAUCCCAAUUACCCAACCACAUUGCCCAAGCUCCAAUUAAUAUGUUUUCCAUUUGCAACUUACAGGAGGUCAACGAUAAGUGGGACUGCAUCGAGCAGAACUACACGUGGAUCAAUUCGAAAAUCACCUUCGAUCAUGUGGGCAUGGGCUACUUGGCGCUGCUGCAGGUGGCCACCUUUGAGGGCUGGAUGGAGGUGAUGGCGGAUGCUGUAGAUGCGCGUGGCGUUGAUCUGCAGCCGCAGCGCGAGGCCAAUUUAUAUGCGUAUAUUUAUUUUGUUAUAUUUAUUGUGUGCGGAUCGUUCUUUACGCUCAAUCUGUUCAUUGGAGUUAUCAUUGAUAACUUCAAUAUGCUCAAGAAGAAGUAUGAAGGAGGAGUGUUGGAAAUGUUUCUCACCGAAUCUCAAAAACAUUAUUACACCGCUAUGAAAAAAUUGGGACGAAAGAAACCACAGAAAGUUAUUAAGCGACCUAUAAAUCAUUUUUUAGCUAUGUUUUAUGAUUUAUCCAAUUCGAGAAGAUUCGAAAUAGCGAUCUUUGUACUGAUUUUUCUAAAUAUGCUUACCAUGGGCAUUGAGCACUACGAUCAGCCCCAUGCCGUAUUCUUUAUAUUGGAAGUGAGCAAUGCAUUUUUCACCACGGUCUUUGGGCUCGAGGCCAUCGUUAAGAUUGUGGGGCUGCGUUAUCAUUACUUCACGGUGCCUUGGAAUGUGUUUGACUUCCUGCUGGUGCUGGCCUCCAUCUUCGGCAUACUCAUGGAGGACAUUAUGAUUGAUUUGCCCAUCAGCCCGACACUGUUGCGUGUGGUGCGCGUCUUUCGUAUUGGACGCAUCCUGCGACUGAUCAAGGCUGCCAAGGGCAUACGCAAGUUGCUGUUCGCUUUGGUCGUUUCGCUGCCGGCGCUCUUCAAUAUUGGCGCCCUGCUUGGGCUGAUAACAUUCAUCUAUGCCAUACUGGGCAUGUCACUGUUCGGACAUGUGAAGCUGCAGGGCGCCCUGGAUGAUAUGGUAAACUUUCAGACAUUUGGGCGCAGCAUGCAGCUGUUGUUUCGCCUGAUGACCUCGGCGGGCUGGAACGAUGUACUGGAGUCGCUGAUGAUACAGCCGCCGGUCUGUGAUCCGUUCUUCAAUAGGCAGACGAAUGGCGACUGCGGCCAUCCACUGCUGGCGAUUACCUACUUUACGAGCUUCAUUAUAAUCAGUUAUAUGAUUGUGAUUAACAUGUACAUUGCCAUCAUUCUGGAGAAUUUCAAUCAGGCGCAUCAGGAGGAGGAGAUUGGCAUUGUUGAAGAUGACUUGGAAAUGUUUUACAUACGUUGGUCCAAAUAUGAUCCACAUGCCACCCAAUUUAUACACUUCUCGCAACUGUCCGAUUUUAUUGCCUCACUCGAUCCACCAUUGGGCAUCUCGAAGCCCAAUAAUGUCGCUUUAGUGUCAUUUAAUCUGCCCAUCUCUAAGGGCAAUAAAAUACACUGUCUCGACAUUUUGCACGCGCUAGUUAAGCACGUGCUAGGUCAUGUCGAGGAGACCGAUAACUUCAAACAGUUGCAGGAACAAAUGGAUGUCAAGUUCAAGAAACAGUUUCCAACACGCAAAGAAUUGGAAAUUGUUUCGUCGACGCGGAUCUGGAAGCGCCAGGAAAAGGCAGCCAAGACCAUACAGACCGGCUGGAAAGACUAUUUGCGUCGCAAGCUGGAAAAGGAACGUUCCAAUUCUGGCGACAGCGCAACGCAAACAUCCAGCCCUGGCGGCUGGCAAUCGAAGCUCUCCGCGCUCAAUUUCUUCCAUCUGCAGGUGAGUCGUCGCGGCACAGCCUGCUCCAGUCGCGCCUCCUCACGCAAAUCUUCACGUGCCUCGGAUGGCUCCGAUCUCAGCGAGCUGGCCGGACCCUGGCUUAAUCUGCCGCUUAUGCUUGUCUCGGGCGCCGAUGAUGUGGUCAAGGAUAUCAAACAGCAGAGCGACGAGCUGGGCAAACGCGGUAGCAUAUUUGUGGAAGCGCCUAGAGCAAAUCGUCGCCGAAGCUUUUAUAAUUUCUUUUUGCGUCAUCAGGAUGCUGUCGAUGACAGCUUAACCUCACCUUCAGUACAUAGAAAAACUGCAAUGAACACCAACAACACCACAACCUCAACCUCCACAUCCGCCUCUGCCUCCGCCUCCGUCUCUGCUAGCGCCACCAACGUUGAAUGUGACAAGCAAACGCAACACCAACACCAACAACCGGUGGCGCCAACUCCAACGCGUAAGCGCGCGUCUAGUUUUAUACGCAAGAAACCGCCCCUAGAAAGAGGUUUGUCAGCACAAAGCGCUUUAAGAGUUAACAAGAACGCUUAUGUCUCGGAGGCCCCAGCACCGGAGGUGAUUGUGACGAAGCCAUCGCCGGAGCAGCAAACGCAUCCGCACGUGCAUGCACUCGGCCUGCGGCCGGACAAUGCGACGCUGGUGCAUGUGCUGGUGCAUCGCGAGAGCGAGGAGUACAAGGAGGAGGACGAGUGUAGCCUAUCGUCGCCUGGCCAUGGCUCGACAAACGGCAAUGGUCAUGAGAAGCCAAAACCUCCGCAAAUACGCAUCAGCACAGGCUCAUCCGAGAGCGCAAUGGACAGCAGCUUAAUGCCUACGGUACAAAUAAUGGUCGACAGCCCAAAGGAGCCGCCACGUGGCGAUUUCAGCACUGACAGCGGCUAUCCAAAUGUUGCCUAUACGCCGCCUCAGCCGCCGACCAUCGAUGUGGAUGCGCCCAUCGAUGUCAAUGUGCAGGGCGAUACAUCGCAAGUGUUCUAUGACUACAAUCCCGAGUCCAAUAUUGAUAAUACAAAUGAUAUAGUCCCAUUGGAGGAGCAGCCGCAAGCGCCGCCCGAUGCUGAAAAUAAACAGAGAUGACCUUCAGUUAACAUGGAAGCGCAGCUGCCACAGCCGGAACAGAAGCAGCACACAGGUAGGAUAAGCAGCAGCAGUAGCAGCAGCGAGACGAGCAGCUGCACCAGCAGCGCCAGCAGCAGCACCUCAACAGCUAGCCAGUCAACUGGUGCCGUCGGGCAGCGUCCAAGUUGACAAUCUCCAGUCUGAGAGCACAUUCAAUGUGCGUAUGGGCGAGUAUUUUUAAUUGCUUAGAGCUAGGCACGGGGCGAACGUUUGCCCCUUUGUUAUUCUAGUCGAUUAAUAAUUUAUAUAUAUAUAUAUAUAUAUAUAUAUAUAUAUAUAUAUAUAUACAUAGUCGCUUUAUACGAUACUUAAACAGAACUAUCCAAUGUUUAUAUCAUUCAUAUAUAUAUAUAUAUAUAUGUAUAAGUCUUGGCAACAGUGCGCUGUGCGUCCAGCCAAGUGUAGCCUAGUCCUAGUCCUAGUCCUAGAUUAGUUUACGAAAUCAAUAUAAACUCUGUGUUAACAAAACGUGCAUUAACCCGUACAGUGCGUACACGUUGUAAUACUCAAAUCAAAUCAAAACCAAACAAAUUAAAACACUAACAUUAAUGGUAAAAUGUAACAUUAACAUUAACAUUAACUUGAUAUAUGAUAUAGUUAUGUAUAAAUAGGUACUAACUAAUUGGUUGGUUUUUCGUUAUGUCAGUCUGUCAGUCAGUCAGUCAAUCAAUCAGUCAGCCAAGUGACCGAUUUCGAAGAUAUUUUAAAGGUUGUUUUUUAAUUGAUUAUACAAUACAAUACAAUACAAUACAAUACAAUACGAUACAUACGUAGAUAUAUACCUACAUACAUAUUGUAACUAACAAUCGCGUCGUAGACUUAGGCCUUUAUUCGUAAAGAUAGAUUUUGUUUUUCU